AUGGAUCAAACCGCAACCCCGUUGCCUGCAGAUACAGCUGCUUCGAAGCAGGGCCAAAACAGAGCGCUUUGGGGCGGCCGUUUUGCAACCGAAACAAAUGAGCUUGUCGCCAGGAUCUCAGAGUCGGUCUCUUAUGAUCACCGUCUUUACAAGCAUGACAUAGCGCAGUCGAAGGCCCACGUGCGCAUGCUCGCCAAGCAGGGUCUCGUUACAGCCGAGGAUGCCGCGCAGUGCACUUCUGGACUUGACCAACUUUGUUCGCAAAUUGAAAAUGGAACUUUCGGCGCGUUCGAUAUCAAACUCGAAGACAUCCACAUGAACCUAGAGAGUAGACUCACCAGGCUGGUCGGGGAGCCCGGUUCGAAGCUGCACACAGCGCGCUCUCGCAACGAUCAGGUGGCUACCGAUCUGCGGCUUUAUCUACGUGAUGAGAUCCAACUGCUAAUCUCUCUCGUCCGGUCACUCCAGCGGGUUCUUGUGACGCUUGCGGAAGAAUAUGCGCAAGUCAUUAUGCCGGGUUUUACGCAUCUGCAGCACGCACAGCCGGUCGUACUGGGCCACUACUUCCUCGCCUACUGCGAAAUGUUCGAUCGUGAUGCAGGUCGUCUAGAGGAUACGCUCAAUCGCCUCGAUUUUUGUCCGCUGGGGAGCGGUGCGAUCGCAACGACGACACUCCCCAUCGAUCGCUUCUUCGUGGCAGAGCAACUGGGAUUUCGCCACGGCCCGUGCCGUAACAGCAUGGACGCGGUGUCGGACCGGGACUUUGCACUCGAGCUACUCGCUGCAAUCAGUAUCUCGAUGAUGCAUUUGUCGAGAAUGAGUGAGGACCUGAUUUUCUGGAUGAGCCAGGAGGCUGGUUGGAUCGAGCUUGGUGAUGCUUUCUGCACGGGCAGCUCGCUGAUGCCGCAGAAGAAGAACCCCGAUGUUUGCGAACUGACCCGUGGAAAGACCGGACGCGUCUACGGCAAUCUGCUUGCCUUGCUCGCCAUGAUGAAGGGUUUGCCACUCUGUUACAACCGCGACAUGCAAGAAGAUAAGGAGCGAAUUUUUGAUUCUCUCGAUACGUACAAGGCUUUGCUCCAGAUUUUCCGUGAGAUGAUCCUCACUUUGAAGCCGAACCAGGAGCGAAUGUUUGCAGCGGCCAGCGAUCCGUCGCUGAUGGCCACCGACCUGGCUGAGUGGCUUGUUCGGAACGGCGUGCCAUUCCGCGAAGCGCAUCAUCGUGUGGGUGCGCUCGUUGGCGAAUGCACUCGCUCAGGCCGUCGUCUGAAUGAGCUUACGCUGACGGAGAUGCAGCGUGUCGUACCGGAAGCGACCGCAGACUGCCUGGAACUCUUCGAUCCGUUGCGCAGUGUGCAAGCGCGUAAUAUUUUUGGCGGUACUGCGCCUGAGCAGGUCCGCUCACAGGUCGCUUUCUGGAAGAGACAGCCGUGGUUUUAA